ACAAAACCCUCUAUCUCUCUGUUCUUCUUCCCUCUCGUCACUUCCUCAAUCUUUCCCUUCUUCUCCUCAAUUCUCUUUUUCUCCUCCAAUUCACCCGCUUUUCUCUCAGUCCAAUAUUUUCCUUCGCCGAUCAGCUCGGGACAGCGUAUUUUACAUACUCACAGUUGUGCUGGAUAUACUGAGUACAACUGGUGCUAGCUAGAGUUUGGUGGCAGCAGUUUGGGCUGCCGAGUCGCAUAAAAAACGAAGCUGCUGAACAAUGCUUUCUCUAAGGGAUUUUUGGAGAAGGCAUAAGAGGAAGAUUCUUGUUUCUGCUGGUGUUGUAGGAACCGGUUAUUGCUUGUACAAAGUGUAUAAUACAUACAAAAAGCAGCUCGCUGAUCUGGAGAGACAUCUUGCUGCUGAGCGAGAGAAUGAUGAACUCGUUAAGGCCCAGGAUGCAAGCUCACUUCGAGAACAUACAGAGGAUAGCUGAUACUGCAACACUGCCCCAUUCUAUUAGUUAUUUGGAUAGUCGGAUAGCAGAACUGUUGGACCAUUCGUUUAUCACGGAGGCCUUACAAAAAGGGAAAGGUCAGACUACUGCUCUGACAACGGCAGAGAAACUUGAGCUAUGGGACAAGCUAAAAAUCAUGAGUUUCACAAGGAUGGUGACAUCACUGUGGGCAGUGACAUUACUUAGCUUGUAUAUUAGAGUUCAAGUCAAUAUUCUUGGAAGACAUUUAUAUAUUGACAUAGCACGUGGUCUGGAGAACUCUUUUAUGUCGGUAAGACCUGGAGGAUUCUGAUCUCAUAGACAGAGAUGACCAGCAAAAUUUUUUAGCUGCCUCCGAUUAUCUCCCUCAUUCUGGCUUGCUUGUUUUGGCUAAUGAUAUCCAAACAGCAGUGACAGAGGUUUUAAAGGGGAAACAAUUGAAGGAUUCCUUUGACAAAACAGCACUUCGUGAAACUGUCAUGCAGAUAACUGACAAAUUCAUAAGCACGGGGAGUCCCUGCAGAUGUGUAGAUUACUUAAUGCCUGAGGACAGUACGUUGCACAAACAGGCAAUGAUGGUCUCUAGCGGCGGGGGCAUGUUUCCCACUGAUCUUACAAAGUUUGACCAUCUUAUGAUGGAGACACGAGAAGUAAUACUGAGCCCGGAGUUUGGCAAGGUCGUGGAGGUAUCUCUGAAAGAACUGAUUGAUGCACUGGUGGAAGACUUGGAAACGCAGACCACCGAGGGUACUUUAACAUCAGGGCUGCCGCUGGUGAAACUCCUGCCUCGAGUCGCCCAGGUGGGUUCAUCGCUGCUCAAGGAGCCAAGCGAGAAUCGUUAUAUCCAGAUAAUCCAGAAAUCCCCAGAGGUUGAGCUUUUCUUCACUCUCUUGUAUGCCAAUACACCGCCGCAGCCCUAGAUAGAGUAGACAUGAUGGCUUGGCUUGUAACACCAUCACACUACAACAAAAUUCAUUCUGGUUUUUGUUCCAGCAUUUGUUCUUCUUCAGGCAGCAGCAUGAAAUGUAAAUGGGUUUGUAUUACGGAAGUAGGUAGGUUUUGGGUUUCCAGUAUUUGAAGACUACAGAAAAUGAAUACUUGGAACACAGAAAUUCCAAGGUGGAAGGGAAAUGGAAUUGGUUAUGGUUUUCUUUUUAGGGUUCUUGUUUUUUUAUAAUGGUGAUGAAGAUUAAAUAAAA